AUUUUCAGACCAUAGAGACUGCUCUGUUUUGUGCACAUCCAAGCUCUUUCUGUGUUAUCCCUCAGGCUGAGCUCACACUUUCACUCCUGCACGCAGGACCAUGUCUACUAGCCUGACCACUUGUGAGUGGAAAAAGGUCUUCUAUGAAAAGAUGGAGGUGGCAAAGCCAGCUGACAGCUGGGAGCUCAUUAUAGACCCCAACCUCAAGCCCAAUGAGCUGGGUCCUGGCUGGAAGCAGUACCUGGAGCAGCACGCCUCAGGCAGGUUCCACUGCUCCUGGUGCUGGCACACCUGGCAGUCUGCCAAUGUGGUCAUCCUCUUCCACAUGCACCUGGACCGCACCCAGCGGAUAGGUUCUGUACGCAUGCGCGUUUUCAAGCAGCUGUGCUACGAGUGCGGCACCGCGCGUCUGGACGAGUCCAGCAUGCUGGAGGAGAACAUCGAGGGCCUGGUGGACAACCUCAUCACCAGUCUGCGUGACCAGUGCUAUGACGAGGAUGGAGGCCAGUACCGCAUCCACGUGGCCAGCCGCCCAGACAGCGGGCCGCACCGCAGCGAGUUCUGCGAGGCCUGCCAGGAAGGCAUCGUGCACUGGAAGCCCGGCGAGAAGCUGCUGGAGGAAGAGGCCGCCUUUGCCGAAGCCUCCAAGCUGACCCGGGCGGGCUUUGGCUACAACUUGUUGUCAUUUCGCUGGUGCCUCCUCUGGGGCGCCCUCUGCCUGGUCAUUGCCUACCUGCAGUUCUUCCGGGGCCGCUCUGGCUUCCUUUAG